AUAUAUUUUAAAGAAACAAAGUAAUAAAGAUAAAUAAUUAGUCAUGAGUUCUAAACUGCGCAAAAUAUCCGUUAGGGUUGUUUCUAAACGAUUGCAACAGAUAUUUGAAGAAGAUACCAAUUGUGAAAUUGUUAAUUCAAAGAUGCAUGGAGAGUUAAAUAAUUUCCCCUCUACAUCUAAUAUAUCAACAGAAGACAUUUUUCCUGCUAUAAGUGAAAACAUAGUAGAUAACAAAUCAAAUUUUGGAACUGUAGGAAAUAUAUUUUCGCAUAACAAUGAUAAUUUUGAAAAUGAAUUUGAUCAUAUUCGAAAUCCUUAUAUUGAUGAUGAUGAAGAUGACGAUGAUGAUUAUGAAACAUUGUCCCCUGAUUUAACUACAUUAUUAGCUGAUUGGGCUGUCCAGUUUAGUAUUACGUUGACUGCUUUAUCAUCUCUACUGUGUAUUCUCCGUCUGUUUCAUCCUAGUUUGCCAAAAGAUGCAAGAACUAUUUUAAAAACUAAACGCAAUUUUAUAAUUGAGCUUCGAGCAGGUGGUGAUUACUUCUAUUUUGGCUUGAUUAAUAGUUUAACGAUUAUAUUAAAUCACUUUUAUGAUAAAAUUGCUAAUUUUUCAACGCUUUAUGUGCAGCUAAAUGUCGAUGGUUUACCUUUGUUUAAAAGCAGCAAUAUUUCAUUUUGGCCUAUUUUGUGUCUUCUGCAAGGUUUUAAUAUUAAAAAACCUGUUUUAGUUGGUCUUUUUUGUGGAGUAGCUAAACCAAACAGUUUGAUAGAUUAUUUUGGCGAUCUUGUAAUAGAGUUAAAUAAACUUGGAAAAGGAUUUUUAUUUCGUGAAAAAGAAAUUUCUAUCAAAACUUGUAGUAUAAUUUGUGAUGCUCCUGCUAGAGCAUUUGUUAAAGCUGUAAAAGGUCACAAUGCAUAUUAUGGUUGUAAUAAAUGUAACCAAAUUGGUAAGUAUAAAGCUAAUCGAAUGACCUACCCAUUGGUAGAUGCACCUGUGCGAACUGAUGAAAGUUUUAGAUUAAUGCACAAUGAUGAUCAUCAUUUGAAAAUUGGGGAAAAUUUCAUUCGAAGUCCAUUUUUGGAUAUUGAUAUUGGAAUGGUCACUCAAUUUCCGCAUGAUUAUAUGCAUUUAGUUUGUUUGGGAGUUCAAAAGAAAAUGAUUAAGUUGUGGUUGUCGGGACCAUUGUUUUGUCGAUUACGCUCAUCUUCUGUUGAAAGCAUAUCAAAUGCUUUAAUUUUUUUAGGCAAAUGGCUUCCCACUGAAUUUGCGCGAAAACCUCGUUCACUCAAAGAAGUUUCACGAUGGAAGGCAACCGAAUUUCGCCAAUUUUUGUUGUAUACAGGUGCUGUUGUUUUACAUAAUGUGCUUCCAAUUGAGUUGUAUAAUAAUUUUAUGCUGUUAUAUGUAGCCACAUUUCUUUUAGCAAGUCCAACUUAUUGUGUAUCUAGAUGUAGUUAUUCUAAAACUUUAUUAAUUAAUUUUGUUAACCAUUUUGGACUAUUGUAUGGCCAGGAAAUGAUCGUUUACAAUGUUCAUAGUUUAAUCCAUUUGGCUGAUGAUGUUCAACAGCAUGGGACUUUAGAUAAAAUAUCUGGAUUUCCAUAUGAAAAUUACUUGCAGCAUUUAAAAAAAAUGAUAAGAAAACCACAACACCCUUUAGCUCAAAUUAUUCGUAGACAGUCGGAACGUGAUGCUGUAAUAAAUGACUUUUUACCUGAUCAAAAAAUUAAAUAUAGAAAGCAACAUAACAAAGGACCAUGCCCUGAUUUUUUAAGAUUUUCACUACAAUAUAAUGAAGUUUAUUUACCAAAUUUUUGUCUUAAAACAACAUGUGGCAAUAACUGUGUUAAAAUAGAAAAUGAAAUUUGUUUAGUGAAAAAUAUUUGUGUUUUUGAUGAUAUUACCUAUAUUGUAUACUGGUCAUUUUUGACAAAAUCAAAUUUUUUUACUUAUCCUUGUGAUUCAAGUGUGUUAGGAAUAUUUCUAGUAUCACAUUUAGAUAAAGUGGAUCGUAUUGCAAUUUUAGAUGACAAAUUUCUCAAGUGUGUCUUGUUACAAGUUGACAAUGGUUUUGUCGUGUCACCCUUGCUUCACUUGUUAUAAUUAAAUUUGUUGGAAUUUGUUUAUAUAUUUUUAUUAUUGAUAAAAAAAUAAAUUGUUUUAUUAUUUAAUAAGUGUCUAUUUUCUAAUAAUAACAAUAUUAUAUUAAUAUUGUUUAUAAUGAUACGUUUGAUAGUUAAUAAUUUAAAUGUUACGUGAUGUGUAUUUUGUAUUUGUUUUCAAAUUUUAUUUCCUUUUUAUUUUUUAAUUGCUUUUUGUAUUUUUUGCUGUUCUCUAUUUUUAAAUUUCUCAAAUUUAAGUUAUUUUUAAUUAUCAACCAACACUUAAUUACUAACUAUAAUAUGUCAAUAAUACUACCAUAUUUAGUCUAUAAUUUUCUUCUAAAAGAACAAUGGAUAAAUUGUAUCAUAUUGUUAAAUUUAUUGAUGAAAAAGAUUCAGUGGCUGUUGUUCCCGCUAAAUGGGUAACAAAUGGUAUUUGUCUAUGGCCCUGCUCAUAUAAGACCAAACGCCUUAACAGAGCCAUUAAAAAAUGUGAAGUUCCUGGAGAUGAUUGGACUGAAUAUGACAUAAGUAUCAUGUAUAACUCUGUAUCAUAUGAAAAAGCGAGAGAAAAACUACCUAUGGCAGAAGUUUCAUCAGAUUUUUUCUCAAAUAACGAGGGUGAAGAUUCAAUUAAUUCAGAAGAAAAUAGAAUUCAGAAGAGUCUUCGCCCUACCAGAGAUGUAUCGUAUCAUAACUUUGACUAAUCAAGUUCAGAAAGUGACACUCAACAGUUAUUAAAAAAACAAAAGAAAGUUAUGAAUAAAAAAAAAAGACACUUGCUCCAGCUCCUCCAAUUCAUCCUUUAACUUUAUUUAGUACUGAAAAUUUAACUCUUUCAGAUCAUUUAAAGUCAAAUAAAAGGCAAGGUUCUGUUUUGGAAGUGUUAGAAGAGAAGUUGGCUUUUGUAAAUAGGACACAAACAUGCAUCCAAAUUUACCAAGUGUAGUUGAUAAAAGUACUUUAUGCGAAAGCAAUCCGUUGUCUGCACCCAAUUCUGUGUUUUUAGGAUCUUCGUUGACAUCAAGUGGAUGUUCAACUGUGAGACGGAUUCUCGCCGAAGUGAGCGAAGGAACACUUCAUUGCACUGGUUAGUCGUAUGCAUAUAAUUGAGAUACUGAGAGUUAUUUUUAUAAUGCUCAUUUUGUUUGUUUUUUUUUAUAAAUUUUAAGAUUUAUAUUUUAUCACAUUAUAUAAUAGCGAUGUCAAUGCUCAUUGGAGAGUGUUUGACACGAUACUCUUGGCAGCGAUUGCAACCGAGGUAAUAGCGAGAAAGAGUAGUAGCACUUUUUUAUAUAAGAAAAGUCACCGAUAGUGUAUGCUAUUAUCUAACUUACGCAAAUAUUUAACUUUCUUCAAAUUAUGUAAAACUAAAAAAUAUAUCAAGUUUUUUAGUUUUACUUUCACUUGAAAAAUGCAUUGCGGCAACAAUUCCUUUAGAUUUGAUCUGUAGCGCUUAAUUCCGUUUGAUUAAGAUUUUAUUAUUUUAUAUAGUUUUAAAAUUUUUCAUAAUCGUUGAGAUGGUGUAGCCUAAUAUUAAAUAUUUUUACAGCAGUUGAAAAAGAGCUUCUUAUUUCAGUAGAGAACCUGAACAAAAAGUUAGAUACAAAUAAUGCCUUAAUAAGUCAACUUAUUGGAAUGCUUAAACAAAACAGGGAAGCAAUUUUGGUUGAUGAACCUUUCGAAAUUCCAGUAAAUGAUGAGUCAAGCUUACUCAAAUUAAACGAAAACAUCGAAUCAGAUAAGAAAGUUAUGAAUGCACUGAGCAUGAAAUUGGCAUCCCAUGGUGGCUCAACAAUUAAGAGGACUGUUUGGAAUUUAAUUCCAAUGGUGAUUGGCACCAAUAUA